AUGAAUUUUAAAUUAAAGUGCUUCGCGGUAGCAGGCGGCGCUAGCGGCAUCGGCGCGGCAACAGUCAAAUUACUCUGGUCACGAGGGGCUUCGGUAGCCGUCGCGGACAUCGAUGCCGAAGGUCUCCGUAAUCUGCGGGAAAAAUUGGAACAAAGCGCUAACCACCCGCUCCAAAAAAUCUUGACAGACGCAGUCGACGUCGUCAACUCGGCCGAGGUUGACGGCUGGAUAGCUCGUGUCGUCAACGAAUUUGGCCAACUCCAUGGCGCAGCGAACGUCGCAGGCAAGGGCGACGGCUACGGACUCCUGGCGGAAAAGACAGACUCCCAGUUCGAUGCGACGAUGAACCUCAACCUGCGCGGCGUCUUCAACUGCAUGAGAGCGGAAUUGAACAACAUGGACGCGGGCGCGAGCAUCGUCAACGUGAGCUCGGGGGCGGGUAUACGAGGGAUACCAGGUAGCAGCCUUUACACUGCUGCGAAACACGGCGUCAACGGCAUGACGAGGGCGGCUGCGAAGGAGUACGCUCCGAAGGGUAUCAGGAUCAACUCGGUAUGCCCCGGAGUGACCAGGACUCCAUUGCUGGAUUUGUCUGGGAAGAAAGAGGCUAUGCAAGAUUUUGUCAAGGGCACUCCUCUAAAUCGGUUGGCCGAGCCUGAAGAGGUAGCCAACGUCAUUGUGUUUUUGCUGAGUGACGAAGCCAGUUUCCAGACUGGGGCUCUCGUCUCGGUUGAUGGGGGAUUCACAAGCUGA